UUUGAGAACAAACGGUUAUGAAUAUUUGUCAGCACAAUGGAAAGCGAUGGAACUGAAAAUCCCGUAUAUGCGAUGCACCAAGUCAGCUACGACAUCGAUUUGGAUAUCGAUUCCGAUCACUAUAUGGUUGAAACCCUUGAUGAUGAUCCCCUGAUUGCUCCUUUGGACAGUGAUGACGGAAACGGUGAGCAGGUGCGAAUCGAUGAUGAGCGCGAUCGCAGACAUAAUUUAUCCUUGUGUGCUUCCUUUUACAAACGUCGGUUUGUUGGUGAGACAUCUGGCAGUCUCGCAGCAUCGGAGAUGAUGAUAGGUGACUCAGUAGAAGAUAUCCUUCGAGCAGUUUGGACAAUUGUCAAGCCAAUGAUUCACCGAGAAGUUGUGUUUGUGGGCGACAGUGGAAAUCAAAUUCCAACAUGGGCUGAGAGCGAGCCGUCCUUCGAUGACAUGUGGAAAUUUGUGUAUAUGCAAAACCAUCAAAACCGUAGGCGUAUCAACAUCGAACAAAUCAGCAGCAAACUUCUCAUUAGCUGGAAGGAUAAGGAUAUACGAGUGCACGUGCACAUUUACUCCACUUCUGUGUCCUGCAAGCAACUAUGGGAAUUGGUCGACAAACAAUUGGUCAAGUUUCAGCAAACCGAUCGAGCAGGUGCACCAAGCAACCUAUCGCUUUCUCAGUUGGCUGGUGAGCUUCAAGAGCUCCAUGGCAAUCACUUUGCAGGUCAUGCAAGCUCAUGGAAUCACACCAGCGCAUGGAGAGAGCAGAAAAAGGCAGAGCUUCCACCGCAUUCUAUCAUCAAGUUCUUCAGAUCUGUUCCUGUUUCCGAAGCUGUACGGAUGGAAAGUGCACGAACUGGAUUGUCUGUUGCCAGUACCAUCAAUGAUGCGUUUUCUACAGGGCUGGCAGAAAUAGAGGAAGAAGCUACACAGUUGAUUGUGCUGGCGCAGAGGCUCAAGCAUCGCGUUAGUGCACUACGAACUCGAUCAUCGAUCAAUUCUAGUUUGGUUUCAGCUAUGCAGGAGUCUGUCAGACCAGAAGAGGACGAAAUUAGUCGAUCUAUUGCAGAUAAUGUUUCGGAUAUGCUCGACGUAGAUCACAUGUAAACAUAAGUAACCCAAUACUCGGUUA